AUGAGCGAAAUCACAAAAGUUAUCGUCAUUGGAGCUGGAGGGAGCUUAAACCCUGUUGUUAUCACGUCGUUGCAAUCGCACGGGUUUGUUGUCUCUGUUCUGAUUCGCACUGCUUCAACUGCCGAGCCUCCACCCGGUACCAACGUCUUUCGCACCGACUAUUCCAGAGCUUCCCUCGUAUCGGCGUUCAAAGGCCAAGAUGCAGUUGUCAACACCAUCACGAUGCCGGACUUCGAGGAACAAAAGAACAUCAUUGACGCUGCCGUCGACGCAGGGGUCAAGCGAUUCAUCCCGGCCGAGUUCGGGAUUGACACAUCAAAAGAGAAAACGGUCGAGAUCAUGACCUUCCUCCGCGUAAAACCGCAGAUAAUACACUAUCUCCGCUCCAUUGAGGACAGGAUUACUUGGACGGCUAUAAUUACGGGGCCCUUCUUUGACUGGAGUCUCGGCAAUGGGUUCUUCUCUUUUAAUCUUCCAGCCCGUGUAGCGUACAUCCAUCAACCCGGAUAUCGCAGUCACCGCUUCAGCUGGUCGAAUUUGUCCACGGUUGGCGAGGCAGUGGCCCGCGUCCUGCUGGCCCAAAGUUCGCCCAUGGUUGUUAAUCAAUACGUGCGAGUCAGAUCUUUCAAUGCUAGCCAGGACGAGAUCCUGGAAUCGCUUAUUUCGGUUUCUGCGCGCAUAGAAGCGGCAAGGGGCUCGGAGACUGUUGAGUGGAAGCAGAUUAGCGUCGAUCUAGAGGAAAAAGUUGUCGAAGCACGGAAUAAGCUGGCCCAGGGCGACACAAGCGGCUUGGGAUACAUACUCAGCAAAGCAAUCUACAAUACGGGAGGCAACUUUGACGAGGAGGGUGCGGUCAUGAACGAGAAGCUGCGCAUGAAGCCGGACGAAAGCAUGGAUGAUGCCAUUGAACGAGAGUUGAUCAAGCUUUUCACCUAG